UUGCAACAGAUUCGUGGCCCUGGUUUAUGUUCUUGACCUAGUAUGUUGUUAUCUGGACUGGGCUAUAAAAAUCUGUGAACACUGUUGCUCUGAGUUAGGAACAGAAUGGCUGGGGCAGAACCAUUUUUGGCAGAUGGCAAUCAGGAAUUGUUUCCCUGUGAAGUCUGUGGAAGACGUUUUGCAGCAGAUGUUCUGGAAAGGCAUGGACCAAUAUGUGAAAAACUCUUCAACAGAAAACGUAAACCUUUCAAUUCUUUGAAGCAAAGAUUACAGGGCACUGACAUUCCUACUGUGAAGAAGACUCUGCAAUCCAAGUCUCCACCUGCGAGGAAGUCUAACUGGAGACAACAACAUGAAGACUUUAUUAACACAAUCCGAUCAGCAAAGCAGUGUAGGCUAGCCAUUAAAGAAGGCCGUCCCCUCCCACCUCCACCCCCUCCAUCCUUGAACCCAGAUUAUAUUCAAUGCCCAUAUUGUAUGAGAAGUUUUAACGAAAGCGCAGCUGAGCGACAUAUUAAUUUCUGCAAGGAUCAGUCUUCUCGCCGAGUCUUUAAUCCAGCUCAGAGAGCAGCCAAAUUGGCAUCCAGAGCUCAGGAUAAGGCUCAGAUUGGUCCAAAAAAAGAACCAACUGUUACCAGUGCUGUGGGAGCUUUGCUGCAGAACAGGGCCCUGGUGGCCACGAAUGAAGUCCCAACCAAGUCAGGAUUAGCUAUGGACCCUGCCUCUGGAGCAAAACUCAGACAAGGAUUUAGUAAAUCUUCUAAAAAAGAUUAACUCCUAGAAGCCAGACUGGCUCCCUGAAACCCAUCAGCCUGGGUGGUCGCGUACUUGAGAAUGCCACCUAAGUGGAAGGAAUGGUAGAUGUGAUGUCAGUUUAUACACCCUUGAUUCUUCUUGAAGCAUCACUUAGAACAAGUAAAACUAGCUUCAAAUUUUUAUUUACUCCCUUUGAAGUUUUCAAAACAAAAGCAUUAAACACAUCAACCUGUA